UCUGCGUUGCUUUUAGUUGAAUCGCCGUUCACACGGCGGAAAACACGGAAGAGACUGUACUGAGUCCGUACAGACAAUUUAAUGGCUGAUAGAUAGACAGAUAGAUAGAUAGACAGACAGAUAGAUAGAUAGAUAGAAAUCAUGAGAGUUUAAAUGUUCCAACUUUUCAUGGGCGUCCUGAACGCAACGGCUGCCAAUGUCUCGUGCGCGUGUGACUGCGCGCGCCUCAGCUCCGUGCACGUCAUGGACGUCACCCAGUUGGAGUUGGUUCAGAUGGUGGUGAUCAUUGUGGUGAUGUUGGUGAUGGUGGUGGUGAUCACGUGCGUGCUCAACCACUACCGGCUUUCGGCGCGAUCGCUGCUCUCCCGUCAAGCCCCGCCCCUGCCGGGGCCACGCCGACACCUCGCCUGCAUGCACGGGUUCCAGCCCCGGGGUUCGGCCCGAGGAGCGUCGAACCUUCCGCGGCGUUUCCCGCAGGGGGGCCCCCCUCCCGCGGGCCGCUUCCAGCCCACGUUCCCGAUCCUGCGCCACGACCUGACCACGGACCUGCCGCCCACCAUCUCGCUGUCGGACGGCGAGGAGCCGCCGCCCUACCAGGGGCCGUGCGCCCUACAGCUGCGAGACCCCGAGCAGCAGAUGGAGUUGAACCGGGAGUCUGUGCGGCCGCCGCCCAACCGCACCGUCUUUGACUCCCACCCUCUUGACCCGCCCACUUCCUACAUGCACGCCAGCCUCCGAGCGACCCGGCAGCACAAACGGGAAGGCGCGCCCCCUACCUACAGCGAGGCGAUAGAACACCUCUACCACCCCGGGGCUUCGCACCCGCCACCGGAACCGGACAGCCGGAACGCCAGGAACGCGAAAGAGAAAUCGUAGAACCCUCGGCAAGGCGUGACUCCGUACGACCGGUCAGUAACCCGUGACGACCAGCCUGCGCUCUGAUUGGUUGGGAAUAAGAGAUGAGUCACGCCUCACCACCGGGGGGCAUCACUUCCUGUUGCACAGCUUUCUACUUCCUGUAUAAGGAUUGUUACAUAUUGACUUGUUUGUUCGUCUUCUUCAAGCGUCUACAUUUUGAUUCCUUUUGACUUUAACUCUGUUCUGGCUGCUAGCGCCGCAACACACUAGUACUGGGAAAUACUUGUGCCGGGUCAUUGUAGCACUUGUAUUUCUAGUACUGAGACAUUCGAGAGCACCGGGCUACACUAGAGUCAGGUCAUAGUCGUGCCAGGCCCAACCAGCGCCAGGCCAUACUAUCGCCGGGUGUUACUAGUGCCGUGCCAUCAAAGCACUGGGAGAUACUAGCACACAAAGUCCUCUCUUGUUUGCCCCCUUGUGACGUUUGACUAGCUUAGCACGUGCUAAGCGCUCUGCCUUAAUGUUCUCCACUGGACGGAGGAGUGAGUCUACGCCGGUGAGAUUCGCGAAAGACGUUUUCUACGGAAGCUUUGCACAAGAAAACGCCAAAACAUCCUCGAUGAGCGACAUCAUUUCUAAUCAGUAAAAGAUGGUUUUUGUGGUUUUCUUUUGUUUUUGUUUUAGAGAGACAAAAAAAGACAUCCCGUCUGCUGCGUACUUGCUAACAAGUGGAAACGUUUUGAUUUUAUUUAUAUGAAAAGAAUUGCACUAUGUUUUUGAUGUCGUACAGAAGGGUAAAAGGAGCUCUGUCCAUUGGACGCACAAAUCGCGGUAUUUUGGCUCAUAGUGCAAAAUGUCCAAUCAGAGAGGCCCGUUAUCGUUCCCUCCCAUUGGCCAAAGGUUUGGCCCCGCCCCCUAAGCAGGCGGUCACCAUAGCCCAGUUUGUCAAUCAAAUGUGGAAAUGUCAGCCCAUGCACUCUCAUACUUGUCUUUGCUACAUAAUGGUUACACAAUGGAGGCGCCUCACACUUAUCUUGUCUUUGUGCCAUUACGGGGUAACCAAUGAAGCGAGCGCCCGCGACCCGCGUGAGGAUAAGCGGAACGGAAGAUGAAUGAAUGGAUGAAUGAAGCAAGCAAUGUGACACGCGCGCGCGCACACACACACACACACACACACACACUUCUUCUUGUCUCUGUGGUAUGGUCGGGUUUACAUCGACAGGACUUUGACACACACGUUGACAAAUCAUUCUUGUCUUCAUGACCACGUGGGUGACACGUGCAUACUAUUAAAUGUGGGAACCACGCACACACAUUGACAUGCAUGCACACGCACGCGCACACGUGUUGUUCUGGUGUCAGCACUUUACUGCAUCAGACAAAAGAAAAACAAUCCAAGUCGGUCAGCAUUGGCGUCCAAUCGGAAAGCAGUGAGCGUCCAAUCCUCCAGUUCUCUCUUCAAGCGUCGGCGUGUGACUGGUCGCCACAGAACAGACACACGGAAGUGUUGACAGGUGACACGAGUGUCGGCGGCGACCCGUCUGCAACGCCGUCGCAAAAGGCGCCGCAGACCCGACAAAUCCGGCGCCCCCUAGGGUCCGGUCUUUAUGCAACAGCGCCCUCCGCAGGAAAGUGCGCUCGGUCGCAGCGCGCUUGUCGCGCCUGGGAGGGUCGCAGCGGGUACGACGAGACCGGACGGGUUCUGAUCGGGGAUCCUGCGGAGCUGACCGCGGCGACUGUUUGCUGGCUAACGAUUGGUGGAGGAGGUGGAGGGGGCGGGGCUCUCGGAGAGGCCCACGCAAGUAGAUGUGGACAAGCAGCGCUUUUUCAAUUACAUUAUAACUGAAGAGGUGUGCGUCUGUGUGUGUGUGUGUGUGUGUGUACGUUCUUGUCUGUCUAUCUUCCUAUGACUCCACCCUUUGACCUUUGUCAUGUGGGAACGAGUGUCCACUCAGACCAAAGCCCCUCUGCCAUUUGUACGUGCGUGCGCGUGUUGCUGCUGUUUAGACUAUAAACCGAACACACUGAGCAGACUAAACAAACUCAGCAUACACGCACACACGUGUUCAGCCUCUCCACUUCCUGUCUGAGCAAGUGCUUCCUGUUUCCUACUUCCGGCGUCCAAUGACACAGCUCCUUCCGCGGUCUCCCUGGCAAUGUGUUUUGUUUGAGGCGUGAGUGGCCAGUUUGGGCUGUCAAUCGUGCCGGGACACGCCUCCCUCAGAGCCUCAAAGAUGAUUGGAUGAUGAUGAUGAUGAUGAUGCUUUUGUUGUAGCGAGAGCGUUGCAAUACAUCCGCAGUUUGCCUUCUUUCAUGCUAGUUUAGCUUAGCAUUGUUGUUGUUUUUAAAUGUUUUAUUCACACAUUUUCACAUCAUUCCGUCCUCCCCCCCCCCCAAUCUCCUCGAGUGUGAAACUUUUUGACAGCGUCUCGCGCUAAUCACGUGUGUGCCUUCUGCAUUUUCAUCUUGUUCCAUUUACUUUAGCUCGCUUGCAACAUUUGGGGGGAAUAAAUACAUAAAAAACGAAAUAUAGUCGUCAGUUUGUCAAGUCUCCGUUGUGAGCAGUGAUUGUGCGUUCGAAGACGGCUGGGAAUUUGGAACUUCGAACUCAAAGCGUUCCCAAAAAAAUUCACAAUUUUAAUUCGCAAUAUCCAGUGGAACCUCCAAAGUGGAACACAAUGUGUCCUACGAAAUUGUUUGCACUUCAAAGCAAAUCCUCCCAUCCAAAAUAAUAUUGAAAUAAUCUGUUCCUGGCUGAAAUUGGCCGAUGUUCCCAGUUGCCCCACGUGGAAAGUUAAAAACACGCUCAAAUCAAACUCAAAUGAAGUAAAACUACUCUGACAGGCACAAGCUAGUCCUUUAGUCACUUUAUCGGCAAUGCAAAAGGCUGGAUUGGAACAUUUUUAAUUGUUGGAAAAGUGUCAAAAAUCACAACAAAGAAAACAAAUGAAUCACUCGAAAUGAAAAUAAAGUCAAAUUGCUCACCCUUUCAAGAUACAAAAUCCCCGAUUAACAGAACAGACCGUACGAAAUGUUGCAUUUCUCAUUUGCAUGCUUGUAAAGUUUAAAAAAAAAAAAAAAAAAAAAAAAAAAAAACACACACACUCACAAACAAUGCUAAAAUAAAACAAAUCAAACUAAAAUAAAGUAAAGCUACUCACUCUUUAAAGGUUGUCAGACAGCUACAUAAUCCUUUAGUAAAUGUACAGGGCAUGUCAAAAGGAGCAUUUUCGCACGUUUAAACAUACAAGCGCAAACAAAAACAAGAAUUGCUGUCAGAUUAUGAAUAAUAAUAAUUGUUAUCAAUAAAAAAGGAUUUUAAACCAAAAAAUCAACUAAAACUAAAAGAUGAAACAAAACUAUUUAACAUGGAAGAUGUCUGACUGACCCAAAGUUUUUUUUAUUCAUUUCUCGUUAUUAUUAUGGGAUAAGUAGCAUUUGUAACAAUUUAACCGUCGUAAAAGUGGACAACAAAUAACAUGACAAAUCAUUGUUCGUAACGGUCAUGUCAAGUCAAACUAGUCUUCUUCGCCUUCUGAAGACGUCUUUGGACAUUUUUCGGGGGUGGGCAAUGGCAAAUCACAAACAAACCAAAAAAAAAGCCAAAGAACAAGCCAAGCCCACACAAUAAACAUCUCGCGGGACGAUGGCUUUCAUGGCGUUUGUUGUUGUUGUGGUUUUUUGUUUCGGGAAGUUUGUCAGUUGAAAUGGGCGUCGCAAAUCGGAGGUUCCGCGAAGGUCAAUUAUCAAUCAAAAGAUUCAAACGUGGUCUCGAAGGUCAACUUUUGAGCGCCGUCGGUUCCCUCGCACUUUUCGCGGAACGUCCCGUUUUCCCAGUUUUGCGGAACGCAGCGCGCCACGCGAUCUCCUGGCAAAUUUCCUCGGAGCUUCCGGAAACUUCCUCGGCGAGGGCCACGCGUGGGAAGUCCAGCACAAUCUGGUCCAUUUUUAAAAUAAAAAAUAAAAAAUGUUUUUUUUUUUUUGGGCGGUUAGAAAGCACGAAUCCCGCCAACAUUCCGAAGGCACAAUUUGAAGAUUUGUUCAAUGUUCAAGUUUGCAUUGAAAGCGCACUCGGGAUGUUUGCAUUUGGAAGAAAACGCUCCUGAACUCUUCUUCUUGUUGUUUGAUGAUUUGAAUCAUUUCAAUUUGUACUGUUGUCAAAAUAAAUGCCUUUUGUACAAAACAUUAGCUUUUUUUGUGUUCGCAUUAAGUGUCAAA